AGAGAUAUACGUGAGCCCAAUUUACCUGAGUUGACCCCUAAAUGCAAAGCUAGGGCUCUGCUCGCCCAAGUGGCUUAAGUACACAUCGCUCGCUUAUUUCACAUCGUAUUUCCCUCCCCCAUUCUCUGCUCAGCCCCAAACCCAAGUCAACUGAACUGUUCUAAUCUUACCCCAAACUGGCUGGAUUAAUGUUUUAAGGAAACAGCGGAGCAUCGUAUUUCCCUUCCCCAUUCUCUGCCCAGCCCCAAACCCAAGUCAACUGUUCUAAUCUUACCCCAAACUGGCUGGAUUAAUGUUUUAAGGAAACAGCGGAAAUCUGCUCCUUUUAUCUUUUAGCAUUUGUUGUCAUCCACAGUCUGCCUCGGUGGUUCCAGCAGGUACACUACGGAACGAUGCUUCUCUCUGCAAUAACUCCCCAACUACCCCUCUCCCCGCCAAACUCCUCCACCAACCAAACCCAUCCACGUCUAUCCUCCUCCAACCCUUCUCCCAAACCACCGAUCCCUCUUCCCUCCAUCAAAUCCCUCCACUCCUACUCCCCCAGCACCUCCACCUCUCUCCGCCACGUCUCCACUCACACCCUCUCCGACGACGAUGAAUCCCAACAACCCCAACCCACGAUGGUCUCCUCCGCCUCCGCUGUCUCCGCCGCCAUCUGCAAGGUUUCUACGUCCGCCGUCAACUUUACUCAAAGAAUCGAGAAAACCGACCACCGAAACCAUAAAUUAAUCAUGCCCAGCCACGAUUUCCGACACCUCUCCCUUGAACAACUUGACCUCUUUCGCCGAACCGUUGAACGCGACGCCAUUCUCUCGGUCUACGUCAGGCCGGCCGGUAGUUACGUCAUGGACCAGCUCGAGUUACGUCGAGUAACGUCAUAUCCGGGAGUCAAAGCCGCCGAAAUUGUGAUUUUAGUCGGAAAUUUCACUGUCCCUACCGGACUACGUGCCGCGGAAGCCGUUCUUUCAAGUCGACAAAUGGUGGUUGUGGGGGAGCAUAGAGCGGUGGUAUUUCCGAUGGUGAAGCACCCAUUCGUGGUUGGGUUCUUGGUGGCGGAGCUGCCGGAGAUGGAGAAGGUGGCGCGUUGGACUGAGGGUGGGGACUUGGUUCCGGAGGAGGCUUAUGCGUUGUCUUCUCCCUCUCCAGGAUUGCAUAUGAAAAAAUCCUGGGAAAUUCAGUCUCUUGAUUAUGAAGCGUUGAGGAAAAAUGGUAUCUUUACUGCUGACCAGAGAUCGAAUGCAAUCAAUAUAUCUCACACUUUAGCUAUGGCUCAUGUUAUGGAUCAGAAAGCAAUGUUACUGCAGCAAUCAUCAUGGCAAAAUAAUGUCAGAAUGGGUGCUCUUGUUGAGCAGAUUCGUGGUCCUCUUUCUAGCAUACGGACUUUAAGCAAAAUGCUAUCCACUCAACUCAAAAAAAGUGAGAUUUCUAAUGACAUUGUUGAAGGCAUACUGGUGCAAGGUGAUCGUAUGAGCGACACCGUUCAAGAACUCCAAGAUGCUGUUUACUUGACCAAGGCUAAUAUAGUGCGCUACAAUGAAGAAACUUUGAAAAAGAUGCAUAAUUCAAGUCAUUCACGCUCUGAGUCACUGAGAUCUGAAUUAUCAGAUGAUUUAUCCAGGGAUAGGUCAUCCAAUAGGUUAGAAGCAUCCGGUGCACUACUAUCUCUAAGUGCAAAAGAGAAGGAUUUAGAGAUGCCAAUGCCACCUCUAGCUCUUGCUCCUCGACGAGAAUAUGGGAUCAGACCGUGCAAUGUUUCUGAUGUACUUACUGAUUUAGUUGAUGCUGUGAGGCCUCUUGCUCAUAAGCAGCAACGCAUCGUGGAAUUAAGUGAACUUUCAGAAUCUUUGCAAGUGGCUAUAGAAGAACCUGCUCUGCGUCAGGCUCUGAGCAAUUUGAUAGAGGGUGCAUUAUUACGUACCCAGGUUGGGGGUAAGGUUGAAAUUAUUUCUACUAGGGCACCUGCUGGUGGCGCUUUACUGGUAAUUGAUGACAAUGGACCAGAUAUGCACUAUAUGACUCAGAUGCAUUCUCUGACACCAUUUGGAGCCGAACUCUUCUCGGAAAACAUGAUAGAAGACAACAUGACAUGGAACUUUGUUGCUGGACUGACUGUAGCACGUGAAAUACUUGAUAGUUAUGGCUGUGUUGUCCGUGUCAUAUCACCUCGGAGCACCGAUGCUGCUCUUGGAGCAGGUGGAACUCGUGUAGAACUCUGGCUUCCUUCUUUUGCUGCAUUAUCUGAUACAAAAAACCUUACUCAAGAGGCAUAACAAGAAAGUGGGAUGCUAUGUUCUUGAUUGAACUCCUUCCACACUGAUGAGUAUACUUAUUUUGGAAAUCCCUGCUCCCAUCAUCACAUUCAUUCGUAUCUCAAAUUUGAGGCGAAUUUGUAUUCUAGCGCAGUAUAUAUAUCAUGAAGAAGAGAAGGAAAAUGUAUAUAUUAAGCCUUUAGGCUUCUUAGAAGUCCCAUAGAAAAACGAAAUAAACUUUCAUCAAUUGUAUUGGAAAUGUUAUUUCGACAACAAAAUGUUAGAAACGCAGGACUUCCUCUGUGACCAUUAUGUUCAUUAUGUUUCAACUGUAUAGGUUAUUCGUU